UGCAAUACAAAUUACUCAUUUUUAUUUUUUUUUUGCAGCCCAACAAUGGAAGAGGAAAUUGCCGCACUUGUUGUUGACAACGGAUCCGGUAUGUGCAAAGCUGGAUUCGCUGGAGAUGAUGCUCCCCGAGCUGUCUUCCCAUCCAUUGUCGGUCGCCCAAGACACCAGGGUGUGAUGGUUGGUAUGGGACAGAAAGAUAGCUAUGUUGGUGAUGAGGCUCAGAGCAAAAGAGGUAUCCUGACCCUGAAGUACCCCAUUGAACAUGGCAUCGUUACCAACUGGGAUGACAUGGAGAAAAUCUGGCAUCACACAUUCUAUAAUGAACUUCGUGUCGCCCCUGAGGAACACCCAGUGUUGCUCACAGAGGCUCCCCUGAACCCCAAAGCCAACAGAGAAAAGAUGACACAGAUUAUGUUCGAGACCUUCAACACCCCAGCCAUGUAUGUUGCCAUUCAGGCUGUGCUGUCUCUGUAUGCCUCUGGUCGUACCACUGGUAUUGUGAUGGACUCUGGUGAUGGUGUCACCCACACUGUGCCCAUCUAUGAAGGUUAUGCCCUGCCUCAUGCCAUCCUCCGUCUGGACUUGGCGGGUCGUGACCUGACAGACUACCUCAUGAAGAUCCUGACUGAGAGGGGCUACAGCUUCACAACCACAGCUGAAAGAGAAAUUGUCAGAGACAUCAAGGAGAAGCUAUGCUAUGUUGCCCUUGACUUUGAACAGGAGAUGGCCACUGCUGCAUCCUCCUCCUCCUUGGAAAAGAGCUACGAGCUGCCUGAUGGACAGGUCAUCACCAUUGGAAAUGAGCGGUUCAGAUGCCCAGAGGCACUCUUCCAGCCAUCAUUCUUGGGUCUGGAAUCUUGUGGUAUCCAUGAGACCACCUUCAAUUCAAUCAUGAAGUGUGAUGUUGACAUCCGUAAGGAUCUGUAUGCCAACACUGUGCUGUCUGGUGGUACCACCAUGUAUCCUGGCAUUGCAGACAGAAUGCAGAAGGAGAUUACAGCCCUGGCACCUAGCACAAUGAAAAUUAAGAUCAUUGCUCCACCUGAGCGUAAAUAUUCCGUCUGGAUUGGAGGCUCUAUUUUGGCCUCAUUGUCCACCUUCCAACAAAUGUGGAUUAGCAAGCAGGAGUAUGAUGAGUCUGGACCAUCCAUUGUCCACCGUAAAUGCUUCUAAAAGACUGCCAUUUAACACGCCGACUUCAAUUGCGCAGAGAAACCAGAAACAACAAAUUGGCAUGGCUUUUGUUAUUUUUGGCGCUUGACUCAGGAUUUAAAAACUGGAACGGUGAAGGUGAUGGUAUUGGCAAAUGAGCAUCCCCGAAGUUCUACAAUGCAUCGGAGGACUUUAAUUGUACAUUUUAUUUUUUUUUAUUUUUUUUUUUUUAGUCAUUCCAAAUGUUAAAUGCAUUGUUCAGAAACUUAUUUGCCUCUAUGAAGGCCACCCAGCUUAAUGGGAGCAGAUACUUCAGACAACAUUGUUUCUAGUAUUGCUUAUGUGUAAAUUAUGUAACCAAACAGUCUGGGGUUUUUUGUACUUUUCAGCCUUAAAUUCUUGGUCCUGUAUUUUGAGUUUGUUUAUGCAAAAGCUUUACCUUUGAUACGAAGGUUUACAUCCCCCCCACCCUUCCCUCUUGGGUGUAUGGAAUGAGCCGUAAACCGAUGGAGGUGCCAGUAGUGCUUGGGGCCUACCUGUACACUGACUAAACGGUCAAAUAAAAGUGCA